AUGUUGUUCGAAGAAGUCAAACCUGUAGAAAACACUAAUUACGACAGAAGGGUACGUGAAAAUCAGAAAAAUGAAUUCAAAAAAAUAUUGGAAGAAGAUCAAAUAUCAUCCUAGAUUGCAGAAUAAUUAGCUACAUCUCUUGAAUAAGAAGCAUUCACACUUUCUGGAGGUGAUCAUACAAGAGACUAUAGAACUAGAGUUAAUACUGUUAAAAUGCGCUUGAAGGGAACUAAAGGUGUCUUUAUUAUACUAUUCUAGGAUUAUUGAUUAGAACUGCUUUAGUUGAACAAAUUCUAACACCCAAAGAAUUAAUGUCAUUAGAUAUGUCAAAGCUAAGUGAAGAUAGCGUUUAAGCAUUCUUGUAGAAGGAAUAAAGAGGUCUCCCCCAACCCUAAACUACUAUGAAAAAGAAUGUUCCUUAAAGAGGUCCUCCUACCAGACCACCUGCCUCAGGAAUACCACCAGUCAAAAAUUAAGUUGCUGCACCUCCAAUUCCAUAAUCCACUCCAUAAAACUCAUAGCAAUUUGUCAAUCAAUAAUAAAUACAAGAUUAGACUAAAUUUGACAAUUAAAAUAAUCAAAUCCAAGCUGAACCUCAACCACCCAACUAAGAAUAACAACUGAAUUUACAAACAUUACCUUAGGACUAGAAUCAUUAAAUUUAGAAUUAAGCCCCUAAACAAUAAAUUCCUCCUCCAAAUAAAUCUAAACAAGUGGCUCCAACUCAACUCCCUAAUAAUUAAACUGAAGAAUUUGGAGUAUAGCAAUAAUAAAGAUAAUAAUAAGAUAAAAUCCUAAACACUCAAGUAAAUAAUUAAUUAUCAUCCAAUAUCCCCACAAAAUAAUCAAAAGCUGAACCCUAAAAAAACGAAAUUGUUCCUCCAAUCGCUUAAUAGUAAUAAACUAAUUAAUUGAAUUAUUAAUAAGUAGAAAAUGAACAUAUAGAAGAAGAAGACUUAACAAAUUUUGAUUCUUUAAAAUAAAAUCAAGAGAAAUUGAAUUUAUUAGCAGAACAAUUGAGAUCUGAAGAAUCAGAAGAAUCAUAAGAAUCACAAGACUCAAAUAUUGAAAAUCAAGAAAACUUAAAUCAAAUAGAAAAUAAUAAUAACUCAUAAACAGAUAACUAAGAAGAAAAGCUGGGAGUGCAAUUUUAAAAUACUCUAAACUAAUAAAGUAAUGAGGAUUCUUAAGGGGAUAUUCAUCAAACUGAACCAGAAAAAUAAAAUAAUAAUGAAUUAGAUUAAUAAUAAAAUGGAGAUUUUUAAUAAGAAACAAUAAAAUAAUAAAUACAUAACUUCUAAGAACAAAAUCAUUAAGAAUUUAAAGAAAAGGAAAUUACCUCAUAAAUUACUUCUAUCCAUAAUUAAUUGGAAGCUCAUCAUCAGCAAUUAAAAUCAGAAGAAAGUUUAACUUAAUAAAACAACUAAGAUAAAUAAGUAAAACACUAAAAUAUUACAUCUUUAACUAAUUCAUAAUAGUAAUAAUAAUAACAAUAAUAAUAAUAAUAAUAACAAUAAUAAUAAUAAUAAUAAUAAUAAUAAUAAUAAUAAUAAUAAUAAUAAUAAUAAUAAUAAUAAUAAUAAUAAUAAUAAUAAUAAUAAUAAUAAUAAUAAUAAUAAUAAUAAUAAUAAUAAUAAUAAUAAUAAUAAUAAUAAUAAUAAUAAUAAUAAUAAUAAUAAUAAUAAUAAUAAUAAUAAUAAUAAUAAUAAUAAUAAUAAUAAUAAUAAUAAUAAUAAUAAUAAUAAUAAUAAUAAUAAUAAUAAUAAUAAUAAUAAUAAUAAUAAUAAUAAUAAUAAUAAUAAUAAUAAUAAUAAUAAUAAUAAUAAUAAUAAUAAUAAUAAUAAUAAUAAUAAUAAUAAUAAUAAUAAUAAUAAUAAUAAUAAUAAUAAUAAUAAUAAUAAUAAUAAUAAUAAUAAUAAUAAUAAUAAUAAUAAUAAUAAUAAUAAUAAUAAUAAUAAUAAUAAUAAUAAUAAUAAUAAUAAUAAUAAUAAUAAUAAUAAUAAUAAUAAUAAUAAUAAUAAUAAUAAUAAUAAUAAUAAUAAUAAUAAUAAUAAUAAUAAUAAUAAUAAUAAUAAUAAUAAUAAUAAUAAUAAUAAUAAUAAUAAUAAUAAUAAUAAUAAUAAUAAUAAUAAUAAUAAUAAUAAUAAUAAUAAUAAUAAUAAUAAUAAUAAUAAUAAUAAUAAUAAUAAUAAUAAUAAUAAUAAUAAUAAUAACAACAAUAAUAAACAAUUUCAACUUAAAAGCAAACAUUAAAUUUUUCAAAUGAAUAAAUAGUCAAACAGUAAGAAGAGCUAAUUGAAAGCUUAAAUCUUAAUACAUAAACUCCAAAAUUCACCAUUUAAUUACAACCAUAAUAAUCUUAAUAGAUUGAUAUUGCUGUUUUUGAAUAAAUGAUAAAAUAAAGAGAUAUUUAUUAUGAAAAAUAAAUCAAUCAAUUAAUUAAACAAAACAAAGACCUCUAGCAUUCAAUUACUCAGUUCUAAUAAGAUCAUUUAAAAACGAUAUAAGAUUUAUAAACAAAGCACGUGAGUUAUCAGACUUAAAUUCAAUAACUUCAAAAUGAAAAUUAGCUUUUGAGAACAUCAUUAUAAAAUUAAGAAUAAAAUUCGUUGAAAUAACUUAAUUAGUUAAAAGAAUAAAUUUAGAGUGAAAGAAAAUAAUUUUAAAAACUCUAAGAAAUAUAGUAAAUGGAAAAAUAAAAUGAAAAACAUUUCAUUGAAAAAUUGCAUUCAAAUACAUAAUAAAGAAAAGAUAUUAUUCAUAAAUAUCGCAUAUAGUAAAACCAAUCAAAUUUGGAUGACUAAAUUAAUAUUUUAUAAGGAUUAUUAUCAAAAUUAUAGCCACCUUAAUUACCUAGGGUUUAGUAAUUUUAAUAACCAAUUUAAGUUCAAGCAAAUACUUAAUAAUAAGUCGUCCAAACUUAGGUUGUUGAAGCUCCUGCUCCACAUUAGCAUCAUGUCUAAUAGUAAAACUAAUAAUAUUGGGCGAAUGAGGAUGAGGUUAACAUACAAGGUUAAAUUGUAAAUGCAGAUUCUGGAUCAACUUAAUUGAAAACUGGAUAUAACUAAGUAUAGGUUUAAGAUGUGCAAGAUGCAUAAGAUGAAUAAGGGGCUUAAGAUGAAUAAUAAUAAUUUGAGUAGUAGGAUUAGGACUAAUACGAUUAAGAAGGCUAAUAAGAUGAGCAAGAAGUGAAUGAAUAAUUUGAUAAAAUAACUAAUUAAUAUGAACAUGCUAUAUAAGAAUAAUAAUAAGCGAUAGAAAAUUAGUCUCACCUUAAAUAAUUAUAAUAACACAAAGAAUAACAACAUCUAUAGCAAUAAUAAUAAUAAUAAAAUUAAUAAUAAUUAUAAUAAUAAUAGCAGUAAUUAUAAUAACAAUAAUAAUAGCAAUAAAUAUAACAAUAACAAUAAUAAUAACAUCAAUAACAAUAAGUAUAAUAAUAGUAUUAAUAAUAGCAAUAACAGUAGCAAUAAUCAUUAAAUUUAUCUUAAUAACACUAAGAAGAGUAAAUCUAAAAUAAUGAAAUAUCACAUAAAAUUGAAAAGAAAAUGACGCAUGAUAAGCAAUAAAAUGAGCAGUUGCACACAGACCAACAAUAACCAAACUCAAAUAUUAUUAAUAAUGAAAUUCAAGAAAAUACUUACCAUCCUCCUCCGCCCAAAAAGCCAAGUCAAUAAAAAUAACAAAAUUAAGCUACAUUUGGGCAUCCCAGAUUGGCACACAAAUAAGAGAAUAAUAAUAAUUAAUAAUAGAAUUAAUAGUAAAAUCUGUAAACAAAUAACCCAUUUUUUGAGGCACAAGAGAAUAAUCAUAAUUAACAAUAGAAUUAAUAGUAAAAUCUUUAAACAAAUAACCCAUUUUUUGAAUAUUAGGGAGCAGAAGAAUAUUUUCAAACUAGUAAUCAGACUAAUUUCUAGUAAUUUUUUGAUAAAUAAGUUGAAAUACCAAAAUAACCAACUUCUUAAUAGAGAGCUAAAUAAACAAAUAGAAGAGCAAAUGUUCCUGGAUCAUUAUUUGAUUGA